AUGGAAUACAAGCGCCCACAACCCGCCUCACCGGACAAAACACAACCCCGCCUCAUCAUCCACGGCGGCGCCGGCAACAUCACCCCGGCGAAUCUCACGUCGGACAGCUAUGCCGAGUUCCGUACCGCUCUUCUCACCAUCAUCUCUAAAUCCCACCACUACAUGACCACCCCAACCCCCACCUCCCCUACCCCCACCUCCCUUAGCCCCCAAACCGUGACCCUCCCCACAGCCCUAGCAACAGCAACCCACGCCCUAACCCUCCUCGAAGACAACCCCCUCUUCAACGCCGGCCACGGCGCCGUCUUCACCCGCGACGGUCUCAACGAGCUCGAAGCAUCCGUCAUGGUUUCCCGCGGGUAUGCCAAGCGAGCCGCGGGUGUGUCUGGUCUGCGCCGCGUGCGCAAUCCGAUUUUGCUCGCGCGGGAGGUGCUGGAACGGGGGGAGGGGGAUUUAUGGCCUCGGGCUGCGUUUGCGGAGGACGGUGGUGAGGGUGGGGGGUUGGAUGUGCCUUCGGCGCAGGGACAUCGGCAUAUUCAUGGGGCUGCGGCGGAGGCGUUGGCGGAGGCGUAUGGGUUGGAGUUGGUGGAGCCGGAGUAUUUUUGGACGGCGAGGAGGUGGAAUGAGCAUGUGCGCGGGUUGGAGCGGGAGAAAGCUGCGGGUGGGAAGGGGAUGUGUGGGUGGAGUGAGGAGGAGUAUGUACCGCUCGGCACGGUGGGCGCAGUCGCGGUGGAUGAGGACGCGGUGGUGUGUGUUGCGACGAGUACGGGCGGGUUGACGAAUAAGUUGACGGGUCGGAUUGGGGAUACGCCGACGAUUGGGGCGGGGUUUUGGGCCGAGGAGUGGGUGGACGGCGACGGGACCGCAAGGGAACAGGGCGGGUUGAUGCGGUCAGGACCCGCGGUGGUGUUAUCGGGGGCGAUGAAGGGGUGGUUCGCGGACUGCUUCCCGACGCCGUGGGCUUAUUCCCCGCUCGUUGCCACCCGAGGGGAGUUGGUGACUACGCGAUCGGUCGCGGUGUCCGGGACAGGUAACGGGGACUCGUUCCUUCGGACCGGAGCUGCUCGAACCGUUGGUGCUUUGGCCCGCUUUGCUGGACACUCGUCUGCUUCUGCGGUGGCUCGAGUGAUCGGCCCGGAUGGCGAGGUCCAAAAGAGCGCCGAGGACCGUUGGGGGAAGACUGGCGAAGGGGAGGGCGGCAUGAUUGGCAUCGAGACCGUGGUGGUUCGGGAUGCUGAGGGCAACGUCGUGGAGACGAAGUCAGAGUUGCUGCAAGAUUUCAACUGCGGGGGCAUGUUUCGGGCAUGGGUCGACGAUCGGGGCAUCGCGUAUGCUAGAGUAUUCCGCGAGGAGGAAGAGCGGCGACUUCCGAGAUCUUACGUGGGCGACAUGAAACUCGAUGAACUAAUCUCACCGUCCUAUAAGGAUUAG